AUGUCGGCGGGGCCCUGUCCGGCGGCCUCGGCCAAGGAGAAGCGCUCCUUCAGCAAGCGGCUGCUGUUCCGGGGCCGGGCGGGGGGCGGCGGCGGCGGGGGAGGGGGCUCGGGCUCCGGGGGGGCGCGCUCGCUGGGCGGCCUCAUGAGCCGCGUGCUGCGGACCCUCUCCACCCUCUCGCACCUGGGACCCCCGCCCCAGCCCCCCGCCGCCCCCCCGGAGCCCGAGCCCCCCCGGCAGCCCCCCACCCCGCCGCCCCCGCCGCCCCCCACCCCGCCGCCCCCCCUGCUGCUGCUGCCCGGGCCCGGGCCCGUGCCCGGCGUGGCGGGGCUGCGCAACCACGGCAACACCUGCUUCAUGAACGCCGUCCUGCAGUGCCUGAGCAACACAGAGCUCUUCGCCGAGUUCCUGGCCCUCCAGCACUACCGGCGAGGAGGAGGAGGAGGAGGAGGAGGAGGAGGGGGCCCCCCCAAGCCCCUGGCCGGAGGAGAGGAGGAAGACGACGAGGAGGAGGAGGUGGAGGCGGCGGCGGCGUCACCCCACGGGGAGGUGACCGAGCAGCUGGCCCAGCUGGUGCGCGCCCUCUGGACCCUCGAGUACACCCCCCAGCACAGCAGGCACUUCAAGAGCAUCGUGUCCAAAAAUGCCCUGCAGUACCGCGGCAGCUCCCAGCACGACGCUCAAGAGUUCCUUCUCUGGCUGCUGGACAGAGUCCAUGAGGACCUCAACAACCUGGUGAAGAACAACGGCAGCCCCCCUCCGAAGCCCCCUUUAGAAGAGCCCGUGUUGAUCGAGGGACCAGCGUUUCCAAUAAACAGCUCUUUCGUCCAGGAGCUCUUCCAGGCCCAGUACAGGUCCUCGUUGACGUGUCCUCAUUGCCAGAAGCAGAGCAACACCUUCGACCCAUUCCUGUGCAUCUCUCUGCCCAUCCCGCUGCCUCACACACGACCGCUGUACGUCACCGUGGUGUACCGAGGGAAGUGCUCGCACUGCAUGCGCAUUGGGGUGGCCGUGCCCCUGUCUGGCACAGUGGCCAGGCUGAGAGAAGCCGUAUCCAGAGAAACCAAAAUCCCCACCAAGCAGAUCGUGCUGACCGAGAUGUAUUACGAUGGUUUCCAUCGCUCCUUUUCUGACACGGAUGACCUGGACUCGGUGCAAGAGAGCGACUGCAUCUUUGCCUUCGAGACCCCGGAGAUCUACCGGCCGGAGGGCAUCCUGAGCCAGAGGGGAAUCCACUUGAACAGCAACCUGAACCACUUGAAGUACAGUGCCGACCAUCUCAGGACCUCUCCGUAUACUCAGGGGAGGCUGGAGAACUCCAACCCCCGGGGGGCAGCCAGCGACAAGAUUGUGGUCUUGGUGUGCAACCGAGCCUGCACCGGGCAGCAGGGAAAGAGGUUUGGCCAGCCCUUCGUGCUACAUUUGGAGAAGACAGUUCCCUGGGACAUCCUGCAGAAGGAGAUCUUGGAGAAGAUGCAGUAUUACCUUCGGCCCUCGGCCUGCGUGCAGGUCUGCCCCUUCAGCUUGCGGGUGGUCAGUGCGGUGGGCAUUACGUACCUCUUGCCUCAGGAGGAGCGACCCCUCUGCCACUUGAUGGUGGAACGGGCUCUGAAGUCAUGUGGUCAAGGUGGAACCCCGCACGUGAAGCUCGUGGUGGAGUGGGACAAAGAGACGAAGGAUUAUCUGUUCGGCAACACGGAGGAUGAGUACGUCCCUGAUGCUGAGAGCGUCCACCAGCAGAGGGAGCUCCACCGCCAGCCGCAGUGCUGCACCUUGGCUCAGUGUUUCCAGCUGUACACCAAAGAGGAGCAGCUGGCACCGGAUGACGCCUGGCGCUGCCCCCACUGCAAGCAGCUGCAGCAGGGGAGCAUCACUCUCAGCCUCUGGACCCUGCCAGACGUCCUCAUCAUCCACCUGAAGCGCUUUCGACAGGAAGGAGACAGGAGGAUGAAGCUUCAGAACAUGGUCCGGUUCCCCCUGACUGGCCUGGACAUGACGCCGCACGUGGUCAAGCGCAGCCAGAGCAGCUGGAGCCUGCCGUCUCACUGGUCCCCGUGGAGGCGGCCCUACGGCCUGGGCAGGGACCCCGAGGACUUCAUCUACGACUUGUAUGCCGUGUGCAACCACCAUGGCACCAUGCAGGGCGGGCACUACACGGCCUACUGCAAGAACUCCAUCGACGGCCUGUGGUACUGCUUCGACGACAGCGAGGUGCAGCAGCUGGCCGAGAAUGAGGUGUGCAGGAACACGGCCUACAUCCUCUUCUAUCAGCGGCGGACCGCCAUCCCUUCCUGGUCGGCCAACAGUUCGGUGGCAGGCUCCACCAGUUCCUCCUUGUGUGAACACUGGGUGAGCCGCCUCCCCGGCAGCAAGCAGCCCAGCAUCGCCUCCGCUGCCUCCUCCCGGCGCACGUCUCUGGCUUCCCUCUCGGAGUCGGCGGAGCUGACGGGGGAAAGGAGCGAAGACGACGGUGGCUUUUCGACCCGGCCCUUUGUGAGGAGCGUCCAACGGCAGAGCUUGUCUUCCCGCUCCUCCGUGACUAGCCCCUUGGCGGUGAGCGAGAACGGGAUCCGCCCCUCGUGGUCCCUGUCGGCCAAGCUGCAGAUGCGUUCCAGCUCCCCCUCCCGCUUCCCCGGGGACUCCCCCGUGCACAGCGCGGCUUCCACCCUGGAGAGGAUCGGGGAGUCCGCGGACGACAAGGUCUCCACCUCCUGCUUUGGCAGCCUGCGGAGCCUUUCCGCCGGUGACAGUGGCAGCCGGCAGGAGCACCGGACUAUGGGUAGGGCCCCCCUGGCCGUCAUGGAGGGGGUCUUCCGAGACGAGGCAUCCGUGCAGAAGCUGAGCGUGGGCACGGACCCCUACGGCAAGAACUCCCUGCCCGUGGACCGGAACGGCCCCGCCCUGCACCCCUUCGACAACAACAACCAGAUCGCCUUUGUGGAUCAGAGCGAUUCGACGGAGAACUCGCCCGUCAAGGAGGGCCAGGACUUUAGUGGGCUGGGCCUGGCCCCUACCAAGGCAGACACCCCCCCGCCAAAGGCAGCCGCUUCCAAAGACGCCAUCGAGGCAGAUAAAAACACGAGGAAAGGAAGGACCCUUCUCUCCAGCCCGGAUUCCCUGACGUCUCCCCAAUCUGCUGCCUCGCCCCCUCCUUCCAAGAACUUGUCAAAGGUCCCCCGCUCGCGGAGCAAGCUGGAUUCUUGCCGGGCAAGCGGGAGGCACGGCUCUCCCGCCUCCAGGCACAGGCCAAAGGAAGCCGGCUCCAGGGCCCACGACGCAGCCACCUCCUCCGGGCAGCAGAAGCAGAAGCCGCUCUCCUCCUCCUCUGCCGCUGCUCGGCGCAACUCCUCAGGCACCUCUGCGCGAGGUGCCGCCCCUGCUGGGAAGAGCAGGACCUCCGACCGCAGCCUCAGCAGGGAGGGCUCCAAGCUGAGUCUGGGCUCUGAGAAGGCCGCUGUCCCCGCGGGCUCGCGCACAAACUCCCCACGGAUCAGCCAGUCCCAGAGCGAGGGGCAGGCGGCGCAGAGCAAGCACGUGCGCAGCUCCUCCACGGCCAGUCUGCGGUCGCCCUCGGCCGUCCCCCGCUCCGGUCUGAAGAGGGACAGCAAGUCGGAGGACAAAGGCCUGUCCUUCUUCAAAUCCGCCCUGCGCCAGAAAGAGACCCGCCGCUCGACUGACCUGGGCAAGACCACCAUGCUCUCCAAGAAGGCGUCUGCCGGCUCCGCCAAGGCGGUUGGCAAAGGCCUGCCAGAAGAGAAGCUCAAGCCGGAGAAGAGCAGCCCCCAGCUGGCCCGGCCUCCCUCCUGCCCCAGCCCGGCCGCCAAGGAGGCCUCUCCGGCCAAGCACUCCCUGCUGCUGACCCGCAAGUCCAAGUCUUCCCAGGCGGAGGCCGCCUCCCCGCCCCCUGGCAAGCAGGCCCCUGACAAGGCCUCGCGCAAGCCCCCUUCCAGCAUGCCCUCCUCUGCACGGCCCGCCGCCUCGAAAUCUCCGUGA